AUGGGGGUCACCAAAACGAAAGCCACCAUAGGUGUGCUGUCUACGAUCAUCUCUUAUAUGUGUCUGAACAGUGUCUUCAGAGCAGCAAAACCAGACGCCUUCAUCUGGCAGGAUGAGGAUAGGGAAGAGGCAAGCUGGAUGGCCACAUCGAAAUCUUGGCUGGACCGGAAAGCCUGCCGCUGGAUAGGUGUCUGUGGUGGUGCACAUAUACACUUGAUCUCCGAAUUGGACAGGUUCGGCCAACGGCCCCUGGUAAAGAGCGAAAAUCAGCCCGUAGACAAAGCUCUAGACUGGGACUGGCAGCGGGCGUGGACUGAGGGCAAGGACAGGCCAGAAGACUGGACGGACGAUGAACGUGUCUUGAGAGAAGUCCCCGAUUACGUCUUGGAGUAUGCACCACUGGUUCAUCUCUAUUCUGGGGAACAGUUCUGGCCGUGCGAUAUCGCCGAACACCUGUACCACAUCACCCCGACCCUAAACUACACACCACUUCAAUCCAUCCAAGAACGUGUCACCCUACAAAAUCUGGACAAAUUGAACGACUGGGACAAUGGGGAAUGGGUGUUCCUUACCAGCGAUGACGAUGUCGAAGAGAGGCCUGACUGGUUGGAGGGCGAGAAGAAUAUCCCUUCCAUGACCUCCGAUGCUGAUGAUGAUACGACCCAUGAUAACGAAGACUGGGUCCACACGCCCGGGCGGACGUAUCUCCAGACACUCAAGGAUGCGAUGGCUGACCUGAAAGACUGGUUUGCGCCAGACAUUGAAGGGUUUGAGACUCGGGAAGAUUUUCAGCUUUCACGGUAUGGCCGAAAGGCCAAGGCCAAAGCUGUCCAUCGGGUGCAUCCGGAAUUGCGACGCUCAAUGGUCCAAGAUACUCCGCCGCACCAUCGGCGAGGCGGCCGAAGCGAUGCCCCUGCUGUCUUGAUCACGGUCAACAAGGGCCACGGCAUCGUGGACGCUUUCUGGUUCUUCUUCUAUAGCUUCAACCUGGGUAAUGUGGUGCUCAAUGUCCGGUUUGGAAACCAUGUCGGCGAUUGGGAACACACCGCCGUCCGCUUCCAUCACGGGAAACCAAAGGCCGUCUUCUUCAGUGAACACAACUUUGGUUCGGCCUACAGUUACGACGCCGUGGAGAAGCUCGGGAAGCGACCUAUUGUCUAUUCGGCAUACGGGACCCACGCCAUGUAUGCUACCCCCGGCACCCAUCCGUACAUCUUGCCUUGGGGCAUCCUUCAUGAUCAAACCGAUCGUGGUCCACUCUGGGAUCCCGCUUUGAACUCUCAUGCGUACACGUAUGAUUUCAAGGCGGAUCGUCUCCGUGCCUCUAACAUCACCCCCAGUGCGCCGACCGAGUGGUUCGAUUUCGCCGGCCACUGGGGCGACAAGUUUUACAAGCUGAGGGAUCGCCGACAAUAUCGCUUUGCAGGUCAGUACCACUAUGUCAAUGGCCCAAUCGGCCCCAAGUUCAAGAACCUUGGACGGAAGAAAAUCUGUGCCGGUCCGGAAUCCGCCCCGUGUGUCAUCAAGAAUUGGCUCUCGAGUGGUGACAAGAUCGGACGUCUCCAUCUCUCCAAUAAGAUCGGAGAGAACGAAUUUUGA